AUGAAUGACCUCGUUCGAGGUGCUUUUGGGCAGCUCGUCCCACUUGGCACACUCUAUAAUGCCAAAUCAGACUCUUUCCUAGACGCCUCCAUCUUACGCAACGGACAACCCUUCGAUGCAGUGAUCGGCCGGAGAAUAAAUACUUCUGAAAUCACUCACAAUUCGAGCGCAAGGUAUGAGGAUCGGAUCGAGCCUCUUGGCGUAAGCCAAGACACAGCAGCGAGUAUCCUCUCAGGUGCAAUCAAGGUUAAGGGAUCUUCCGACUACCUUCAAGCCGAGUUCGACUCUACAUAUUCUCUCCAUUGCGCCUACCAUUGUACAUUCAUCACAGUGGCAGACGUAUUGGACCUAAGGAGAUUCAACCUGAGAGAGCAUAUGAAUCUAAUGCCUCUACAGACUCUUGAUAGCACACAUGUGGUAACCGCCAUCACCUGGGGCUUUCGAAACACGUUUGUGAUCAAUCAUGAGUUUCUGGGCGAUUCUGAAACACCCCAAGUUGAGCGAGCCUUCUGUCGGGACUUGAGUCGACUCAAAUCUUUCACAGAAUCCAUCGCUGGACACCCUGAGCCCGACUCUCAUGGAGCAAGCCCACUGGAGCUUCGACACACCUUCUAUCUAUACUCCGAUGCUACCAGCGAGGGUCUAGAGAUGGCUGGACUUAACGAGAUGCGGAAGUUUAUUCAUCUCCGCUUGGCCGACUUGCCAAGAACGAACCGGGGCAGAGGGUUCCCUCUCUCCUACACCCUGCUUCCGAUCGACAAGUUACAUAGGCAUAUACCAGGAUUCCAAAGCAUCGUCGUCACUCCCAUACCUUUGCCCAUCGAAGACUUUACCGAGUUUAUGGGUCACUUUGACGAGUUUGCCAGCCGCAAGAAGCGACUCGGCAACUACUACAAGAGCUUGUUAGAGAAGCGACCAUACGUCUCAGAGGAGCACAUCCGUGUUGUUCACGUCGCAAUCGGUGAUUUAAACUAG